AAUCCCAAAUCCCAUUCCGGGUCCCGCCCGGCGGGGCCGUCCCGGGGCGGGGCCGGAGACAAAAGGGGAAAAGUUGGCGGGGCGGAAAGAGAAGGAUCGGGAACUUCGGGAAUUUUGGGAUCGCCGCCGGGAAUCUCCUUUGGGAUCCCGGGAAUCUUCUUUGGGAUCGCCGGGAGCCUUUGGGGCCGCCGGGAAUUUUCUUUGGGAUCUCGGGAAUCUUCUUUGGGAUCGCCGGGACCGAUCCCGGGAUGCGGCGGAGCUGAGCGAGGCCGCGGCCGCCGUCCCCUCCCCCCUCGGGAUGAAUCCGAAGGCGCCACCGGGACGGACCCGCCCGGGGACCCCAAAAUGCUGCGGGACCCCAAAAUUCUGUGGGAUCCCAAAAUUCUGGGGGACCCCAAAAUCCUGGGGGACCCCCCUGGGAGCCGCCCUCGGGGUCUUCGUCACCCUCAGCUUCGCCCUGGGGCUGCUGGGGGGGCCCCUGCGCCCCACCCGGGACCCCAAACCCGACAGGGCGGCUCCGUGCCGGCCGGUGUCGCACAUCGUGUUCCUGAAGACGCACAAGACGGGCGGCAGCAGCGUCGUGAACCUCCUGUCGCGAUACGGCGAGUCGCGACAGCUUCGCUUCGCCCUCCCCCAGCGCUACCAGUUCCGGUACCCGGAACCGUUCCGCGCCGAGAGCGUCCGCGGGUUCCGGCCGGGAGAGAGGUUUGAUAUCAUCUGCCACCACAUGCGCUUCAGCCCGGCCGAGGUGCAGCGGGUGAUGCCGAACGACUCCUUCUACUUCUCCAUCGUGCGGGACCCGGGCACGCAGGGCGCCUCGGCCUUCUCCUACUUCCGCGCGGCCGCCGCCGCCUUCCGCUGCGCGCCGUCGCUCGACGCCUUCCUGGCGGCGCCGCGCCGCUUCUUCGGGCCGGGCGGGCGCGGCGCGGGGCUGGCGCGGAACCCGCAGUGGUUCGACUUCGGGCUGCCCGCGCCGGCGGCGGCGGCCGAGGUGCCGGCGCUGCUGGCGCGGCUGGAGCGGCGCUUCCCGCUGGUGCUGCUGGCCGAGCGCUUCGACGAGUCGCUGGUGCUGCUGCGGCACCGCCUGUGCUGGCCGCGCGCCGCCGUCGACGUCUUCGCGCACAACGCGCGCGGCGGCGCGGCCGCGCCCACGGCAGCGCAGCGGCGGCGGCUGCGGGCGUGGAACGCGCUGGACUGGGCGCUCUACUCGCACUUCAACCGCUCCUUCUGGCGCCACGUGGAGCGUUUCGGCGCUGCGCGGCUGCAGGAGGAGGCGGCGGAGCUGCGGCGGCGGCGGCGGCGGCUGCAGGAGCGCUGCCUGCGCGGCGCCGGGCCGGUGCCCGCCGCUGCCAUCGCGGAGCCGCGGCUGCGGCCGUUCCAGCCGCCCGGCGCCGAGCACGCCGUGCUGGGCUUCGCGCUGCGCCCGGGGCUGCCGCCCGCCGAGCGCCGGCGCUGCGGCCGCAUGGCGCUGCCCGAGCUGCCCUACACCGACCUCCUGGCGCGGAGGCAGUUCGGGAAUGGGAACGGCACCGAAUGGGACGAUUUCUGAGGGUUUGCACCAAAAAACCCAAAAAUUCCGGUGAAAAUCCCAUGGAAAUUGGGGAAUCUCCAAUCCCGGCCCCGCCAACGGCACCAACUGGGACGAUUUCUGAGAAAUUGCACCGAAAAAUGCAAAAAUUCCAGUGAAAAUCCCAUGGAAAUUGGGGGAUCUCCAAUCCCGGCCCCACCAACAACAGCAACUGGGACGAUUUCUGAUGUUUGCACCAAGAAACCCAAAAAUCCUGGAGAAAAUCCCAUGGAAAUUGGGGAAUUUCCAACAUUGGUCCCGGCAACGGCACCGACUGGGACGAUUUCUGAGAGUUUGGCACCGAAUUGCCCAAAAAAUGCAAAAAUCCCAGUGAAAAUCCCAUGGAAAUUGAGGAAUUUCCCAUCCCGACCCCGCCAAC